AUGUCGCGGUUAAAUGAGAUCGCUAUGUCGGUUGGCAUGUCCAUAAAUUCCGAAAAGACGAACUUAUUCUCGAGCUGCAUCCCUGACCAGGGGAAGGCACCCCUGCGGAUUAAUGGCCGUCAACUUGAAGAAGUAGACAGAUUUAAAUACCUUGGGGCGAAGCUGCUACCAAAUGCGCAGAGCAAGGACGACAUUGUCUCCCGUAUUGAUGCUGCUCGGUGGGUUUUCUCAAUCCUUCGAAAGCGACUAUGGAUCCGACGUGACAUCUUCACUGCCACGAAGAUUCGUCUUCUCUCAAACGCCACCUUCUGCCUCCUCGUGACCGGACUGGACACCCAGUUGCUCAACACUCAUGGGCUCCUGUCCCAACUCACUACCUGUCUUGUCUCGGCUGCGAUACCUGUCUUCCUGACUAACGAACCCCUGCUCUCGCCCAGCACGGCUUUACCCUUCUGGGAAGUACUAGGCUUGCACUGGCGCCGAACUGUUCUCUUUCUUCCCGCUGCCCGCAUGCCUCACUUACCUGAACUUCUGGACGCCGUGGAUGAAGCCACCCUCAUCAAAAUGCGCGCCCAGGGCCAGAUAAUUUGGAACAAGUAUCUGUCAACCAAGCAGUCCCAGCUCGCAACUAUCUUCCUGACUCUGAGCCGUCGCCUUGGCCUAAGACAGCCGCCUGUACCGCUCCGUCCCGCCGAGCCGGCUCUCAUACUUCCGCUUGGUAAUGCCUCUUCGCAGACAGCCAAAACCCUCACCUUCUACCCCUCCUACUUCUACGAGCCCCGGCCCAGCGUACUGGUUCAGAUGGACGUAGAC